UGUCAGUCCCACCUACACAAUCAUCGCAGCCUCUCUGGGCUCUCUGACCUCCCCUCACAAGGACUCCUCUGGACCACAGUCCUCGGCCAGACCCCUUCCAGCCCCUGCCCAGCAUGGUCCUUGCAGGUCAUAUUCUGCUCCUGCUUUUGCUCCCAGUGGCUGCGGCUCAGACAACCCCAGGUUCCUGCUCCGGAUGUGGGUCUCUCCCCCUGCCGCUCCUAGCAGGCCUGGUGGCUGCAGAUGCGGUCAUGUCACUGCUGAUCGUGGGGGUGGUGUUUGCAUGUGCACGCCCACGCCACAGGCCCCGCCAAGAAGAUGGCAAAGUCUACAUCAACAUGCCUGGCAGAGGCUGAUCCCUGCAACUUCAGCCUUUGACUUCUGACCCUCUCAUCCUGGAUUACAUGGGGUGACAAAGGCGCUCCCCGACACACACUUGGGUUGGAAUAAAGCAGUUGAAGUACCUUUAA